AUGCCGGGCUCGCACUCGCAGGCAUCGCCGCCGCGCCCAGGAGGAGCAGGAGGAGCAGGAGGAGGAGGAGGAGCAGCAGGAGCAGGAGCAGCAGGUGCAGGAGCAGGAGGAGGAGCAGGACAGCCGUCGUCGCACACACGCACCUACCAGGCGUGCAUACCGUGCCGGCGCAGGAAAGUGCGCUGCGACCUGGGCCCCGUGGACAACCCGCACGAUCCGCCGUGUGUGCGCUGCCGGCGCGAGAGCAAGGAGUGCUUCUUCUCGGCCACGCGCCGCAAGCGCAAGCAGGAUGGCGACGAUGAGCUGGACGAGCAGGACGACUACGAGGUCCGCAACGCGAGGAAGCGCUCGCGCCCGCACGACAUGGAGCCGCCAGAGCCCCUCGUCGCCGGCCACAACGGCGCCUACGUCUCGCAGCCGCUGACGCCCGGCGGCUCCGUGGGGCGCUAUGAGCCGCUGCGACGGCCGACGACGUCGGCCUCGAUGCACCCCGUCGAGCAGAGCGAUGAGGACAUCAAGGUCAACAACGAGUCGGUCGCCACCCUGCAGACGGGCGAGAUCUACAGCGGCCACGAUGCCCUCAACCUGCUGUUCGAGGCCGCCCGCAACGGCGGCAUGGGCAUGGGCAUGGACAUGGACCUGCACCGCCGCACCGCCAGCACCUCGAGCCUGCACCGCCCGGCCCUGGCCAGCACCCCGGGCUCGCACACCUUUGGCAGCCCCCACCGCAGCCACUCGCACGCCGCCGCCGACCCCGUCGUCGACCCCGCCAUCUCACAACCACCACCACCGCCACCACCGCCACAGCAAUCGCCGCAGCCACCACAGCCACCACAGCCACUGCAGACACAACCACCGCAACCACCACAACCACAACCACCACUACCGCCGCCACCGCCCCAGCCACAGCCACAGCCGCCUCUGCUGCCAGACCCGCCCAACGAGGCGGCCUUUGGCGAGGCGCUCAAGGCCUGGACACGCUUCCGCUUCGUGCGCGCCGGCUGGCUGACGGCCAAGGAGGCCAUUGCCUACAUCGACUACUUCUACGCCUACCUGUCCCCGCUGACCCCCAUCGUCGUCCCGGACUACCGCGACCAUGCCUUCCACGCCAAGCUGCUCAAGGAGGAGCCCAUGCUGGUCGUCACCCUGCUCACCAUCUCCUCGCGCUACUCGCAGCCGAGCGGCACCACAAACGCCGGCGCUGCCUCCCGCGCCUACCUCAUCCACGAGAAGCUAUGGAAGUACCUGCAGCGCAUGAUAGACCGCAUGAUCUUCGGCCAGGAGCAGUUCGGCGGCGGCUUCUGCGGCGCCGGACAGCAGCCCGGAUCAGACGUGAACCCACUCUCACGCAAGGGCCUGCGCACCCUCGGCACAGUCGAGAGCCUCAUGCUGCUCACCGAGUGGCACCCGCGCGCGCUGCACUUCCCGCCCGGCGACGACGACGACGAGCUGGUCCUCCCCGACGAUCUCGACCACGAAAAGGGUCCCAAGGCCGACAUGUACAAGGGCGUGGGUGACAAGCGCAUCGACAGCUGGCUGGAACCCUGCUGGCGGAGCGACCGUAUGUGCUGGAUGCUACUCGGCAACGCCAUGACGCUCGCCUUUGAGAUCGGAGUCUUCGACGAGACGAGCGAAAUCGAGUUUGAAGAAGCGAACCAGCAUCUCUCUCACGCCACCGUCAAGUCGUACUUUCGGCGGAAGAGCCAUCUCAAGAACCUGCUCAUCAUAUACGUCACCCAGACGAGCGGCCGUUUGGGGCUGACAUCGAUGCUGCCCAAGAUCGACCAUCGCGACGAGAACUUCAUCGGAGGGCUCACACCAAACGAACUGUACCAGCAGCGUGUGAAUGGCAUCAAGGCACCGCCAAUGCAGUUCGGCACGCGUCCCAGCGCUGCGCAAGACGGCCAGCGGCUACCGCUGGAGUCUGUCGCCCAUCAGGAACGACACGCUGUACAGGACCUGGUGCUCGACUUUUGGACGCGUAUAGCGAGAAUCAUGGAGAUGGGCAACUUGAAGCUGUUCUCGAAUCGGCGCAAGACGAGAGAGCUGCUCAAGUCAGGCCAGUACGAGGAGAUGUUGAAGUUCUUCCAAGGUCCGUUGACGGAGUGGAAGAACUGCUUUGAUCGCGCUACCCAAGUACCCACACAACUCCGCCAUGUCCUGAUUAUUGAGUUCGAGUACACACGCGUCUACCUCAACUCUCUCGCCCUGCAAGCCGUGGUGGAACGCUGCACGCACAACACGCCCCUGCAAACACACGCCAAUCUCUCCACCGCGCGCACCCCGACCAACGGCAUCGCCCCUGGCCCAGGAGACGGCGGCGCCAUUCCCUUCUCCACACUAACCAAGUGGUACGCCAACGACCGGCACUACAUCAACGAAGUCAUCGACGCAUCGCGCAACGUUCUCAAAGUCGUCGUGGACGGCCUCUACCCAGGGGACUAUCUCCGCCAUGCCCCAGUGCGGACCUUCUUCCGCAUCGUGUCCGUGGCCAUCAUCCUGCUGAAAACAUUUGCCCUGGGCGCAACAGAAGAAGACGUCGCCGUCUCUCUCGCGCUCCUCUCGGGUGCCGUCGACGCCCUCCGCACCUCCAUCGUAGACGACGUGCACGUCGGCAACCGCUUCGCCGACCUAGUCGAAACCCUCACGCACCGCAUCCGCUCGCGCUUCGUCCGCCUCGCCGCAAACGCUCCAACCAGCCUCUCGCGCGCCGGCUCACGCUCCCCCAUCCAAGCGCCCCCAAUGCCUCCCCCCGCGCCGCUCAACCACCUAGCCAACGCCUACCUAGGCUCCAGCUCCGCCGCCUUCGCACCCCCCGGCUCCGGCACAGGGACCUCGAUCCCAGGCAGCCCCUCGCUCGGCGGCUUCACAGCCAGCGGCAGCGGCCGCGGCACCCCGCUCUCGCACUUGCACUCGCACUCCCUAUGGGGCAUCUCCGCUGAACACUACGAUCCAAACUCAAACUCCAUCAGCAUCAUGCCCCCGCCGGGCUUCCACUCUUUUCCCCACCCAACCCCAAACACAAACCCAACCCCAAACACGCCAGGCGGCUCCAACGUCCAUGAAAAUGGAAACAACAGUACGAACAGCAGCCAUGGAGAGGGCAAUGCGAACGGCUCGUGGUCUCAGUGGGCGAACAGCGGCGCUAGUUGGGGCGGCGCAGGGAACGAUCAGGAUUGGUUGGCUUUGCCGCUGGAUCCUUUGCUGGAUCAGUGGGGGGCUGAGAUCAAUCAGACGGCCAUGGGGCCUGAUGUCGGCGGUAUGGAUAUGCUGGAUAUCUUGUUGAAUAUGGGCGGGCCACCAGGCAGCACCUCGUAG